ACUGGCAGGAUGGUAGUGGUCGAAGUGGACUACCGGCUGUUAACUUACAUCUCAAUGAUUUGGCUGCAAGCCUACAAACCUGUUAUCAGCUUACAACUGGCGGUAAAUUCAAUGAAGCUGUUGCGAAAUUACGUCAACUCUUGUUAUCUGUUCCAUUACUGGUUGUGGAUUCGAAGCAAGAAAUGGCGGAGGCGCAACAACUAAUCGACAUUUGCCGCGAGUAUUUAGUGGGUUUACUAAUGGAAA